AUGACUUCUACAAACAGGACCAGUGAAAUAAUUGAAAAGCUUAAAGCAAGCAGACAAUGUCUCCUGGAGGAAAUAAAUGAAAAGCGUGAAUCCAACUGCUUUGUGGAAAGAAGCAAUCAAGUCAGCUCACUGAGAGUUCAAAAGAGGCAUUUCAGCACCGCCUAUCAGUCCUCUACUCACACUCAAAUUAAAGAAUCUGUUCCUGACAGUGGCAGGAGCUCCUGGAUUAAACGGAGUCUCCUUGCUCACCCAGAGAAAAAGCACUUUCCUGCAAAAAAUAAUGCCAUAUUUGGAUAA